CUUUCUACAAUGGCUUGCAAUUUUUGUUUAGGUUUGAGUCGAGUAAAAAUGUAGAUUUCAAGAUUUUGAUUAUUUUGACAUUUCAGCAUAUGAAGACUUGCAAUUAUGUAUGAGCCGCCGACAUAGUAGUAGUUAAAGAUUUUUUGCAAAUCAUGCAUGACAAUGACUUGAAUACACCGACAUUGAUGAUCGUAUUGGUAUUACAAAAAUCUCAGCCGAUGGAUGGACUUCUGAAGCAAAGUUUUCGGCUGCUAGGAAAUCUUUCUUUUUACUCUUUUCAGAAUUUUACACUUUUGUUGAUAUAAAAUGGCAAAAAGAAAAAAAAAAUAAAAUUGGCAGGGAUGGUUUUUCUUCAUUUUCGUCGUCCGAAUAUUUUUUCAAUUAUCAUUUCGUAAUUCAUAAUAAUUUUGCGGUAUGAAUUUGUGUACGCGGUAAAGAUGGAAAGUUAGAGAGUGUCAGUUCCAGUAAAAGUAUUAUUACUACUAAUAAAUUAGUAGACAAAAAAAGCUCACUCUUGCUGGCAGUUGGGCAGGACGGAUUGCGUUCCCUCCAUAUUCAAGAAACCGAAGGAGGAAGCGGUGGAGAUCCGAUCUGGGCUAGGUUUUUUUUUCUUUAAAAAAAAAAAAAAAAACUUCAUUCUACAAUUGCUGUGAAAAUCGAUUUAGAAAACAAGAAGAAAUUCGGUUGGAUGUAAUUAAUAAUGAUGGGAUUGGGGAAUGUGGAUCUCUCGAAAUCUUCAAGCUUCCUCAAAAUCUCUGUACUGUUGUUCGUCUCCAUUGUCUGUUUUUACUUGGGCACCCAAUGGUCCAAAUCCGAUGUUUAUCAGCAACUUCUGUUCUUCUCUUCUCACCAGAACCCUUCUUCCGAUCCUAACUCCCAUUCUUCCGUCGGUUUAUCCCCCAAUUUCAACAAAAGCUUCAACCUUCCUUCCCUCAUAAACGACACCGCUUCUUCCACUACUGCCCCUCAACAGCAGCAGCAACAAGAAGAGCGGCAGGAUGGUUCCGUUGCUUCUUCUUCAGUUCCGCCGCCUGUGGAGCCGCAGCCGACGCCACCGCCUCCGCCGCCGGUUGUGAAGCGGAUGGGGGUGGUGGAUGAGAAUGGAGUGAUGGCGGAUGAUUUUGAAGUGGGCGAGUUUGAUUCUGAAGUCGUAGAUAAUUGGGAGGCUUCGGGUAGCAAUGAGACCCAGGAGAUGCAGACGGUUCCGGGCCGAGGGUUUAAGAUUGACAACUUUGCCUCCUGUCCGGAGAGCAUGAGGGAGUAUAUACCUUGUCUGGACAAUGUGGAGGCGAUCAAGAGGCUGAAAUCCACCGAAAAGGGGGAAAGAUUCGAGCGGCAUUGUCCCGAAAAUGGAACGGGAUUGAAUUGCUUGGUCCCUGCUCCCCUGGGAUAUAGACAGCCUAUUCCUUGGCCUCAAAGUCGUGACGAGGUCUGGUUCAGCAAUGUUCCUCAUGCCCGCCUUGUUGAGGACAAAGGUGGUCAAAACUGGAUUACUAUUGAUAAGGAUAAGUUCAAAUUUCCUGGAGGAGGCACUCAGUUUAUACACGGGGCUGAUAAAUACUUGGAUCAGAUUGAAAAGAUGGUCCCAGAGAUUGCUUUUGGUAAGAAUACUCGGGUUGUUUUGGAUGUUGGUUGCGGUGUUGCAAGUUUUGGUGCUUAUUUGUUUUCAAAAGACACGCUUACCUUGUCAGUUGCCCCGAAAGAUGUUCAUGAGAAUCAGAUACAGUUUGCUCUUGAACGGGGCGUGCCGGCUAUGGUGGCUGCUUUUGCGACGAGGCGAUUAUUAUAUCCUAGUCAGGCAUUUGAGAUGAUACACUGUUCAAGAUGUAGAAUCAACUGGACUAGAGAUGAUGGUAUUUUACUACUCGAGGUCAACAGAAUGCUCAGGGCUGGAGGAUACUUUGCUUGGGCAGCACAGCCUGUUUAUAAGCACGAAGCGGCCUUGGAAGAACAAUGGGAAGAAAUGGUGAACCUGACCACCAGUCUUUGCUGGCAACUUGUCAAGAGAGAGGGUUACAUUGCAAUAUGGCAGAAGCCACUGAAUAAUAGCUGUUAUUUAAGCCGCGAGGAAGGUGCCAGUCCGCCGUUAUGUGAGCCAGAUGAUGACCCUGACAAAGUUUGGUAUGUUGAUUUGAAGGCUUGCAUCACCCGAUUACCUGAGGAAGGCUUUGGUGGAAACAUAAGCCAGUGGCCUGCACGCUUGCAGAAUCCUCCAGAUAGGCUCCAAACCAUACAAAUGGAUGCUUAUAUCUCCCGGAAAGAGUUAUUUAAGGCUGAGUCUAAGUACUGGAGUGAAAUUGUUUCGGGUUUUGUCAGAGUUCUGAAGUGGAGAAAGUUCAAGCUUAGAAAUGUCUUGGACAUGAGAGCUGGUUUUGGAGGAUUUGCAGCAGCAUUGAUUGAACAGAAACUGGAUUGCUGGGUUCUCAAUGUUGUCCCUGUCAGUGGCCCCAACACAUUGCCAGUGAUAUAUGACCGUGGACUUAUUGGAGUUAUGCAUGACUGGUGUGAACCAUUUGACACGUAUCCGAGAACCUAUGAUUUAUUGCACGCUUCUGGGCUCUUCUCUGUUGAACGGAAAAGGUGCAAUGUUUCUACCAUUAUGCUUGAAAUGGAUCGGAUUCUUAGGCCAGGUGGACGUAUAUAUAUUCGGGAUUCUCUUGCUGUAAUGGAUGAACUUGAAGCUGUAGGGAAAGCCAUGGGUUGGAGAGUCACGAUACGAGAUACAUCUGAGGGCCCUCAUGCUAGCUAUAGGAUCAUGGUAGUUGAUAAACGCCUCUUGCAGACUUGAAGUGGUGACAUGUGAGUGGAUUUUCAUUUUUUAUUACGCGUGUGUAUUGGUAGAAACAGCCGGGCCAAAGAUCAACAGCUUACCAUUAGCUGACUACAAUUUUAAGGAGGACUGUUUAGAGAAUCAGAUCGCACUUCUGAAUUGGAAGAUCAACGCAUGAUAUUGUCAUGCUGCAGCAAGAGCUCACGUAUUGUCGCAGCAGGUGUACAGCAUUUGAUACAACAUUUCUAGUUCCAGCUCAAGUAGGAUCGUUUUGCUAAUACAAUCAGUUCAUAGGAAUUAGUUUGUAGGAAUUAGUUGUGUUUGAUUGGGAAAUAUGGAAACCUAAGGAGAGAUUAUGUAUUGUAUUUAUUUUUCAUUACCAGUAUGGUUACUUCCAGUGGCUUUUGACUGCUACAACAGCCAUGCAAAUGCAAUCAGAUGUGGCACUUGCUAUGAUUUCAGGAGGCGUUUGUUUCGUCAUCUGGAAACGGAUUAGGAAUUGGAUUUGGAUUGGACUCGAAUUCCCUCGGAUUCGUGAAUCCAAUACUGCGUUUGGUUUGAGUUAUG